CAUCCGCAAGGCUUAAAAACUUCAAACUCAGAAAAAAUUCGGGGUUUCUAAAUUCACUCUUGAGUGCCGUGGAUGACUUUUUGCAAAGGCUUUUCGGAACGCGUCUGAAUUUUCAUAUUCUUUAACUAUCCCUCGUGGUGGUUGGAACCGGCAGCCAACUCAGAGAGGUUGGAGGGCAGGGGCGCAGACAAAGAUGGGCUUGUCAAUGUUGACCUUUUGGGUGCUCUGCAAUAACUCCUUAGCAUCGCGGAUGCCAGCCAGUCCCAGUGGAAGUGAAGAGGUACCUGGCGAGUGGCCGUUGGUCAUGGGACAUGCCAAUGUUGACUGAGUUUUGGAUCCUUCAUGCUGAGAACGGAGCGUUCUCAUAACUCAAACGGUGGAAGCGCUAUCGGUUGUGAGUGAGGACCAGUCAUUGUUUGAGUGUGCCUACGGAACGCCACACCUGGCCAAGACGGACAUGACCGCAUCCUCCUCUGGCGACUAUGGACAGACAUCCAAGAUGAGCCCACGUGUCCCUCAGCAGGACUGGCUGUCUCAACCCCCAGCCAGGGUCACUAUCAAGAUGGAAUGUAACCCCAACCAGGUGAACGGCUCAAGGAACUCCCCUGACGAAUGCAGCGUGGCAAAAGGCGGGAAGAUGGUGGGCAGCCCAGACACGGUCGGGAUGAGCUAUGGCAGCUACAUGGAGGAGAAGCACAUGCCACCCCCAAACAUGACCACAAACGAGCGAAGAGUCAUCGUCCCAGCAGAUCCUACGCUAUGGAGUACAGACCACGUCCGGCAGUGGCUGGAGUGGGCAGUGAAAGAAUACGGCCUUCCCGACGUCGACAUCUUACUCUUCCAGAACAUUGACGGCAAGGAGCUGUGCAAGAUGACCAAAGACGACUUCCAGAGGCUCACCCCGAGCUACAACGCCGACAUCCUUCUCUCGCAUCUCCACUACCUCAGAGAGACUCCUCUACCACAUUUGACUUCAGAUGAUGUUGAUAAAGCCUUACAAAACUCUCCGCGGUUAAUGCAUGCUAGAAACACAGGGGGUGCAGCUUUUAUUUUCCCAAAUACUUCAGUAUAUCCUGAAGCUACGCAAAGAAUUACAACUAGGCCAGAUUUACCUUAUGAACCACCCAGGAGAUCAGCCUGGACCGGUCACGGCCACCCCACCCCCCAGUCGAAAGCUGCUCAGCCAUCUCCUUCCACAGUGCCCAAAACUGAAGACCAGCGUCCUCAGUUAGAUCCUUAUCAGAUUCUUGGACCAACGAGUAGCCGCCUUGCAAACCCAGGGAGUGGACAGAUCCAGCUUUGGCAGUUUCUCCUGGAGCUCCUUUCAGACAGCUCUAACUCCAACUGCAUCACCUGGGAAGGCACCAAUGGGGAAUUCAAGAUGACAGACCCUGAUGAGGUGGCCCGGCGUUGGGGGGAACGGAAAAGCAAGCCCAACAUGAACUACGAUAAACUCAGCCGUGCCCUCCGUUACUACUAUGACAAAAACAUCAUGACCAAGGUCCACGGAAAGCGCUAUGCCUACAAGUUUGACUUCCACGGCAUCGCCCAGGCCCUCCAGCCCCACCCUCCAGAGUCAUCUCUCUACAAGUACCCCUCGGACCUCCCUUACAUGGGCUCCUAUCACGCCCACCCACAGAAGAUGAACUUUGUGGCUCCUCACCCCCCUGCCCUACCUGUGACGUCGUCCAGUUUUUUUGCUGCCCCCAACCCAUACUGGAAUUCACCAACCGGAGGUAUCUACCCUAACACUAGGCUCCCAGCCAGCCAUAUGCCUUCUCACCUGGGCACUUACUACUAAAGACCGGGAGAGGCCUUUCCCAACAACCUGCAAUCACCAAUAAAUCGCCACAAACUCUAUUGGAGAACAGCAGUCAAAAGUGCCUCAAGAGGAAUGAAAACUGGGGCUGGGGAGGGAAGCCAAGGAAGAGAUCCAAAGACUCUUAGCGGGAGGGAAUUACUAAAGUAUUACUACAGAAAUAAAAGAGGAUGCUAAAAAUGUAACGUAUGUGGACAUAUAAUCUGUGGACCAAGCUUGUAAAAGACAUUGUAAGUAGAAGCAUGAAGUCAUAAGGACAAAGUGCCAAAGAAAGUGGUCUGAAGAUGUGUACACACUUUAGAGUAGAGUUUGGGGUUCUGCUAAUGCAAACUGGGAUUAAACUAAAGCAAUACAGAUAACACAGUCUUGACCUAACAUACCGUUUAUAAUGUCAUUUUAAGGAAAGCUACCUGUAUUGAAAAAUAGAAACAUAUCAAAAAAACAAAAACAAAAACAAAAAAAGAAGAAAAGAAAGACUGUGCAACAGACGUUGACAUGGAACUCAUCAGCACUUGCUGUUUUGGGUGAAAUCAGAUUCAUUCCAUUUGGUGGAAAGCUGCCUGCUCUCUCAAACUGCAAAGACGACCCGAUGACCCAAAGUUUCUAACCCCUUUGCAGGAUUACGGAACUGGGAGCAGCAUGGCGGGACUCGGAACGUGAAUGGAAAGUGAGCGCGUGGUCGUGGACGGAGGGCGGGAGGAGGUGCGAGAGGAGGAGGUGAGGGCCGGGGAGGAAGCUUCUCAGGCAGCGGAGGCCGGAGUAGGACGACAGUACUGGGACUCUGGAGAACGUGUCAUGGAGACUUGAGGUUCGUUAUGGUCAGUGUUAUACCAAAGCCAGUGUUACGAGGAAGGACACAGCGGAAUGGAGGAAGAGGACGUGGUGGGAUUCAGACCCGAAAACAUGCAUCUCUUUUUUGUUUGUUUGUUUGUUUGUCCAAAGAAAAUUGUAACUGGAAUUGUCUGAUAUUUAAAAAGAAACAUUCAGGACUUCAUCAUUUUGUGGGGGGCUCUGCUCUCCACAGGGUCAGGUAAGAGACAGCCGUCCUGGCUGUCGCCCUCCGACAUCACCUAGGCGUUUGGGUUAGGCGGGCUCCAGUGUUCCUUUCGAGUCGCGAACGCUGUGCGUUUGUCAGAGUGAAGUAUACAAGUCAAUGUGUUUUUCCCCCCUUUUUAUAUAAUAAUUAUAUAACUUAUGCAUUUAUACACUACGAGUUGAUCUCGGCCAGCCAAAGAUACACGACCAAAGAGACAAUCAAUGAUAUAAUGUGGCCUUGAAUUUUAACUCUGUAUGCUUAAUGUUUACAAUAUGAAGUUAUUAGUUUUUAGAGUGCAGAAUGUAUGUAAUAAAAUAAGCUUGGCCUAGCAUGGCGGAUCAGAUUUA